AUGACUCCACUGGUAACUCUGCUUGUUGUCACAGGAACUUCCCAGUUCAACGGAGAGAAGUGUUACAUGACAGCUGAGAAGGAGGAUGAGUGCCCCCCAGGAUCCCAAUACGAUAACGUAAGAUGCUGGAUUUCUCCUCUGGCGGAACCGAGUUGCCCUGCUGGAGGAAGGUCCAACGGCAAGGUCUACAUCGUUCAGUCAGUACCUGAGUGUCGAUCCGGGACGUACACUAAUGGAAAGUGUCUUGUUUCUGAGAAUCCCAGUUGCCAAGGCGGUGCUGUCUUUGACGGGGAGAAAUGUGUCAUCGAGAAGCGCGCGACUUGUCCUCCAGGCUCAUCCCUCAGUGGCAAAAAAUGUAUUUCGAGUCAUGAUCCGACCUGUGAGAUUGGCCAGAUCAUGACUGGUGAUCACUGCACCUCUGAGCAGCGCCCUGAAUGCCUUGAGAAGUCAACACUUGUUGGUAGAUACUGCAAGUACCCUGAUCUUCCUUACUGUGAGGAUGGUACCGACCGACACGGUAAUGAUUGCACCUCUCCAAUCACCCCUGAUUGCCCGGCCGGGAGCUCCUUCAACGGGAAGAACUGUGUUUCCAACACUCGCCCCGUCUGCAAGCCUGGAUUUAUCUUCAAUGGCUUUACUUGUGUUUCUGAGAGGGAUUCUCCAGACUGUCCCAAGGGCAUGCACUUUGAUGGCACCAACUGCGUGUCUAAGAAGCGUCGUGACUGCAGGGAUGGUCGAAUAUUUGACGGCAGUGCCUGUGUUGAUAAAAAGGACCCUUCAUGUCGUCCAGGUCUCGUCUUUGAUGGUACCAGCUGCGUCUCCAAGUCCCCACCUAAGUGUGAGCCCGGCACAAGCUGGAAUGGAAGCAAGUGUGCGUCAGAGAAGAACCCAGGCUGUUCCCCCGGAAUGACCUAUAAUUCCGAGACUGAGACUUGCGACUCCGACACCAAGCCCGGUUGUCCUGUGGGUACUGAACUUAGAGGCGAUAUCUGUGUGUCGCUGAAGCCGCCUCAGUGCCCAACCGGAACGACUCGUAAGGGCGGCAAGUGUGUCUCUCUUAACCCUCCCGAGUGCCCUCAAGGUCUUACUCGCAGCAAUGGUCUUUGCGUCUCCCCCAAGCCGCCGGGGUGUGGUGAAGGUACCAUCUUUGACGGCAAGCGGUGUGUUAUUGGCAAGACCCAGGAGUGUUACACCUUGCAUACCUGCCCCCCUGUUGGCGCUGCCGGAUUGUCUGCCCCGCCUGUCCAGGUUCCUCUAGCUGCUCAAUAA